ACCACUAACGUCUCACUUCAGCAAACAUAAGCAGCAACCAAGAACAAAGUGUCGCAGCUGUGAGGAGAACAUUGACAUGGUUGAUGAGGAUGAAGAGGUCCUCGCAGCUUCCAGGUCGUCAGCUGCAGACAUGGCCUUCGAUGACGCUAUUGACUGUAUAGCCAACAUCAUCCUUGACCCGGAGUUCGAGCAGUUUCAUACGGGAUUCAUGGACAAACAUUACAUGGAGUUUGAUGACUCUGAAGAGAACAAGCUCAGCUACACACAGAUCUUUAAUGAAUAUGUCGACCUUGUGGAGAAACACCUGGAGCAGCUUCUGAUGGAGAGGAUUCCCGGCUUCAACAUGAACACAUUCUUUGAGCUGUUUGUGCAGCACAAAGAGGAAGUACCAGGUGACAUCUUUGACAUGUUGUUGACAUUCACAGACUUCCUGGCCUUUAAAGCGAUGUUUCUAGAGUACAGAGCGGAAAAGGAGGGAAGAAAUCUGGACCUAAGUCAGGGGCUGGUGGUCACAUCUCUGACCCCUGCUAGCCUCAAACACACUGGCUCCUCUGAAUGACAGUGAUGCUGAAACACUUGAACUGCUUCUUUCCUCACAUGCAGAUGUGAGGCUCUGUGUCCACGAUGCAUUCAUUUCAGUAUCCACACCUCAUAAAUCUACUCUUUGCACAAAUUUCCCUUAGUGGCUGAUUCCUUUGGUUUGUGUUGUUGGGAGGGAUCCAAAAACCUCUCUGUAGUUAAAAGAUUACUACAGCUGUAUCACUUUAAUCGUAUGAUUCAAGUUUCUUAAACUGGAACAGUAAUUGUUUACAGACUAGUAGUAGCCUCGAAUUUACAAUCAAUGAUUCACAAAUCUUAUUCACACAUAUACUGUUAAGACCGUGAUGUGUCCUGCCAGUUUGGUGCUUGGAGAAGAGAAGGCGUCGACAAAUUCCUCGGAAGUAUCAUGACAUGAUUGUAAUUCUUCCAUUAUUGUUUCAGAGAAUAAUGUUUUCGAAAUAAUAUAUGUUUAAUGGAAAUUUGAAUUAUUGUGACAGUUAAUAAGUGAUGCUUGUGGAAGUAUUUUUAAUGCUGUGUAUGCGUGUGUGUGUGAGUAGUUUUCAGUAGUUCAGUGUCAAGUGUUUUUUACCUACAAAAUGACAGUUCUACUGAUAUUGUUACAUCCCUGGAUACCUUCUUUUGUUCUACUUGUUUGUAUAAACCAUCCAUCCAUCCAUCCAUCCAUCCAUCCUCCACCGCUUAUCCGUUCCCGGGUCCCGGGGCAGCAGUCUCAGCAGGGAUGCCCAGACUUCCUUCACCCCAGACACUUCCUCCAGCUCCUCCGAGGGGAGUCCGAGGCGUUCCCAGGCCAGCCGAGAGACAUAGUCUCCCCAGCGUGUCCUGGGUCUUCCCCGGGGUCUCCUCCCGGUGGGACAUGCCUGGAACACCUCCCUAGGGAGGAGGGACAUGCCUGGAACACCUCCCUAGGGAGGAGGGACAUGCCUGGAACACCUCCCUAGGGAGGCGUCCAGGAAGAUCCGGUACAGAUGUCCAAGCCACCUCAGCUGACUCCUCUCAAUGUGAAGGAGCAGCGGCUCGACUCUGAGCUCCUCCCGGGUGACCAAACUCCUCACCCUAUCUCUAAGGGAGCGCCCAGCCACCCUGCAGAGGAAACUCAUCUCGGCCGCUUGUAUCCGCGAUCUUAUCCUGUCAGUCACUACACAAAGUUCAUGACCAUAGGUGAGGGUAGGAGUGUAGAUUAACUGGUAAAUCGAGAGCUUUGCCCGAAACUGCGACGUGGGCCCGCCUUCCCGUAGGCCCACCACCCGCAGGAAGGACCAUGUCAGGCUGGUGCCAUGUGGUCUGAGUAGCAGUCAUGGCGGGAUGCCUCGACGACCCAAUUCCUGGACCAAAACCCUUGCAGUUUGUAUAAACAUUUUUUUUUUUAAA